GUCGAUCAGUGGAGGAGGUGGUCUGGAAAAUGGCUGACGGAGUUGAUCACAUCGACAUCUACGCCGAUGUUGAAGAGGAUUUCAACCAGGUAUGCAAACAGUUACAUUUGUUUAAAUCCUACACCUUUAUAGACGUAUUUGUGGUUUGGGCCUAAAAAAAAUAUCUCGCGAAAAUGCUUAUUGAAAGUUAAACCGAGCUAUCUGCCGUCGGAUGAGACCUGCAAAGCGUCGUCUGUGUUCGCCGCAGCGUUUUUGAAUUGCAACUACGCAAUAGCUUGUCAAAUAUGUAAAAAAAAAAAAAAAUAGUAACGUGGAUGUUGUGUACGUCAAAGUUUUCGAUCAUGUUUGUUAGCUAAUGUAUACAUUUCUAGGUAAAAUAUCACGUUUGACUUUGCAAGCCAACGUGCUCGUUCCAUUGUUAAUGACAGGAGGUUGUUGUACUGGAGGCGGGGUGGCGGGGAAGGCCUCGCCGUGGCCUGGUUUGCCGUCAUGCGCUAGCGUAUAUUGGUAUUCAACUACCUAGUUACACAUUACCGUGUAACUGUUUCGGUAAUAAUAUAUAACAAUAUGGCCUGUUUGCUAAUGAGUUUUUUUUGGGGGGAAUCGAUGGUUAGUUUGUAGUUUCCCUUUUCCGUCGCGGCGUCACUCCCCCUGCUUGCUGGCUAGGCUAACGUUAGCUGUUAUGUUGGCGUGUUGCUCGUUUUUCUAAAAACAUAACGUAUUCAAAAUACCAUAUUGCACAAACAUUAAUGAUUUUGUAAAAAUAAAUAAACUGCCUUUCUAAAUCUGAUACUUUAGUUAGUUAUUUUUAUGCAUUUUUGUUGAUGCCAGACAGUGCUUAAUUUCUAAAUCGGGAGGUCCCGGAACACAUAGUGAGCGCGGGGGGGGGGGGGGGGGGGGCUCUGAGGUACCGGGGGGGUCUGAAGUACCUGGGGGGCUCUGAGGUACCUGGGGGGAUCUGAGGUACGGGGGGGGGGGGGAAUCUCUGAAGUACCUGGGGGGCUCUGAGGUACCUGGGGGGCUCUGAGGUACGGGGGGGGGGGAAUCUCUGAGGUACCGGGGGGUGGGAUCUGGGGGGCUCUGAGGUACCUGGGGGGAUCUGAGGUACCGGAACACAUCGAGAGAGAAAAAAUGUCAAACAACGUAGCAGCCAAGUAGCCUUCUAUCUAUGGUGGUGAAACUGACAGCACUCUCCAAGGUGCUAAUUAAUUCAAAGCAUUUUAGACGUCAUUGCAGUAUGCCCACAUACUUGAGUAUAGCUGCGGGUUUCCCAAUUUCUUAUAGCCUCAUUUUCUAGACAUCAAUGGUACAGCAACAUUUUUAGACGACACUGCAGAACACCCGCCAUAUGCACACACACUCAGCUGUGGGGCUUACAAGACUCGAAUUUCAUAUAAUUUUCAAGACAUCAAUGUAGCAGUAGAACAAAUAUCACAAUAUUGGAACAUAACUUCAAAUAAAAUAAAUCAAUGUAGGCUACAGCAGAACACACAUGAUAAUAUAUAGGCCUCCUGCCUGUGUGAUAAUAUGAAGCACAUAUUCAGAUUACAAACUUGUGCUGUGAAGGUAAAGGACAUUUUUUUUCCCCUGCCUUAUUUUUCAAAACCUCAUGCUGACUCUCCCCAUGUCAAGUCCAUUUAACUCCUGAGAGUCCUUCUUGCUCAAAGCCAUGAGCGGGCAUGUGGCUGUGAUGUUUAGCCUCCUAAGGCUGUUCUGAAGACUAGCUGUAGUGUCACACUAGCUGUAGUGUUUUUGUUUAGUGUUAACCUGGGUGUCUACAAGGCUUCCUGCCACAAAAUGCGCCUUUUGUGAGGGCUGACUAUGUUACCCUUUGUAAAAAAUAAAAAUAAAAUUGGGCCUUUCCCACGAUUAGAAUUCAGUAGGGAGACGACUAGGCUACGUGACGUGAUUAUGUAGGGACCUCUUCACUAGCUGACCACCACUACCAAGACCUGUGUCAAGAUCAGUUACUUACCCCACUGGCCCUCCCCAUAACCUCUAUGUACAAAUAAGAGAGCAGGUCUGGAAUCAGUGUGGCAGGAUAGGAUGAUUGCGUAGAAGGAUCACCAUGCUUUUACAUUAUGGUCUUUCUUGGGGGCGGGAGAAAUGAUGAGGAGGCAACUUGAUUUAAUGCUGAUCGCUGUUAUUAUAAUGUCUACAGUGCGAACAGUGAAAUAAUUAAUAAAUCAUGCCGAGAGAGGUACCGGAUCUGGGCAAAUAGGUGCCAGAACAAAUAAAGUCAAAUCUGAGAAGGGCCACGGCAGGAUCCGGCUCAAAUUCAGUACUGAUGCCAGAUGAAAAUGCUACUGUAUUCGUUUUGAGAUGAGUUUGAUUCUCAUUGAUCAAUGUUAGCUCUGGUUAAGUUACGUGGGGGAUAUUUGACCCAGUUCACACAUACAAAUAGAAUUGCAGAUAUCUCUAUGGUUUCGCAUAUCAGCUUUCUGCAAAGAUUGCCAACUGCACUCCUUUGAUUCAGUGUGUGUAGACUAAAGUGCUGGGGCCCGUGUAGCUCAGUUGGUAGAGCAUGGCGUUUGCAACGCCAGGGUUGUGGGUUCGAUUCCCACGGGGGGCCAGUAUGAAAAAAGUUGCUCUGGAUAAGAGUGUCUGCUAAAUGACUAAAAUGUAAUAUGUAUGCUGUUGGUCAUAGUUAUGGAGUCUUUUCAAUGUGUAUCUGUGCACUUUUUUUAAAGGGACAUUUAAAAAAAAAUUCAAAGACAUAAUCAUGAUCUCCAGCACCACCCCCAACAUCAAUAUAUGUGAAAAUGGUGCGUUUCUAUGUUUUGUAGGAAAAAAGAUAGCGGAAGAUGCGCGUUUCCAUUUUCUUUCUUACAUUUGAGUAAUUUAGCAGACACACUUAUCCAGAGCGACUUACAAGAGCAAUUAGGGUUAAGUGCCUUGCUCAAGGGCACAUCAACAGAUUUUUCACCUAAUCGGCUCGGGGAUUAGAAGCAGCGACCUUUCUGUUACUGGCACUACGCUCUUAACCACUAAGCUACCUGCCGCCUAUUAAUGACAUCAUCUGUGUGCAUCGUGAUUUUUAACCAAUUGUGAAGGAGCCAUUUCCUACUAAUUGGUUGACGUCGUUGGAAACUCUUACCUUCCUUUCUUUAUUAAUACGGAAUAUAGAAAUGCAACGUUUUCACAUGUUGUUGGGGCGGUGCUGGAGGUGAAUAUGCAGUUCACAAAAACCAAAUCCCUUUAAAGUGCUUGGCAUAUUACUAUUUUUUAAGCAGAUUGAGUGAGUUUUAAAAGCAGUAAGAGCACAGGCCAUUUGUACUGAACAAAUCAGCAUAUUGCAAACACUCAUUUGGACGUUUUACUUAUCCAAGUUCUGUGUUGUUGACUCGAAGCAAAGUAACUAAUAGUGUUUGUUAGGAACUCAUUAACACUGUGGACUGUGCCAGAUAUGAUAUAACUGUUGGACUGAAAAUAGAACCAGCUCUAGCUCAAUAAACUGUUACUGUUGAAAUGUUGGCUAGAUAAUGUGGAUCACAUUGUUUGCCUUCUAUUCUUUGUAUUUCCUGCCCUGAAUAUCACACGUUGUGUAACUGCAAAGCAGCUAAGACCUCAUUCUGCUCGCAGACAAUCACACGUGUCCUCUGUAGCUCAAUGUGGUCCUCUGUAGCUCAAUGUGGUCCUCUGUAGCUCAAUGUGGUCCUCUGUAGCUCAAUGUGGUCCUCUGUAGCUCAAUGUGGUCCUCUGUAGCUCAAUGUGGUCCUCUGUAGCUCAAUUGGUAGAGCACGGCGCUUGUAACGCCAGGGUAGUGGGUUCGAUCCCCGGGACCACCCAUACGUAAAAUGUAUGCACACAUGACUGUAAGUGGCUUUGGAUAAAAGCGUCUGCUAAAUGGCAUAUUAUUAUUAUUAUUAUUAUUAUGUUGUUGGACACAUUCCAGGUCGUCUUUAUUGAUAUCACUGUGGGACCCAACAUUAACACGAAAGAGCAAUCUUUAAAGUGUAUUAAAGACAACCUGGAGCACAACUAUUGAUUGACAGACUGUGAUGUAAGGUUUACCUUCAUGUGCUCUCUCUUGUCCGUUUCCCCCCCCCCACAGGAAUCAGACUACCCUGUCCAUGAUCAGAUAGACCUGUAUGACGAUGUUAUCUCUCCUUCGGCCAAUAACGGAGACGCACCUGAGGACCGGGACUAUCUGGACAACCUACCCCCACCUGCUGGCUCCGAGGGGAACAAGAGCACCCCUCCCAACGUGGUUUACACGUACACCGGCAAGAGGAUCGCCCUGUACAUAGGCAAUCUCACAUGGGUAUGUUGUGGGUCUGGAUAAGAGCGUCUGGUGAAUAACAAAGAUGAAAUAAAUGGGCCAGUUACUCAGACCCAGAUUAAGUUUACUUCCGGAGUUAAAAAGCAUGCUCAGUGGGUCUUUGAGAAUCGCCAUUGAAAGUGCUUUUUAGUCCAGGGAUAAGCUUAAUCAGGGUCAGGGAAACAAGCCCUUAGUGUGCCUCAAUUAUGUAAUGUCUCUUGACAAAGGUCUUGAUGUAAAAAGUGCUCCCCCCUUCCAGUGGACAACAGACGAAGAUUUGACAGACGCCAUUGGAUCAAUAGGCAUUAAGGACCUGCUGGAGAUCAAGUUCUUUGAGAACAGAGCCAACGGCCAGAGUAAAGGGUGAGCUUCCUCCUUGUCUUUCAUGAUCCUUAAAAUUACACGCUAACACUCUGAACAGACCAGUGUUUUUGUGGAUGACUUUCCUAAUACCUCUGAACUGCACACGGGUAGCCGUACUCUGAGCUUCAUUAUUCAAUUAUUUUAAAGACAAACACAGAAAGAAAUACCCAAAUAAAAGCCAAAAGGAAAGAAAGAGAUGGUGACUUUGGUGGCUUGGUGUGUCCCCCGUUAGGUUUGCCUUGGUGUGCGUGGGCUCAGACGCGUCCUCUAGGAAGCUACUGGACCUUGCUAAACGGGAGCUACACGGACAGAACCCCAUCGUUACCUCCUGCAACAAACAGUCCCUCAGCCAGUUCGAGAUGCAGUCUCGGAAAAGUAGGUGAACCUGCGUGCCUCCCACGGGGGGACGGGCAAUUAGUUCUAGAAUAAUUAUUAGAAAUUAGUUGUGUCUUUUCGGCACGGUUUACUGACAAAGUAGGUCUGAUAACCUGGGAAGACCCAAAUACACUGAAGCAGGACCCAAGUAAUUGGGGCUUGGGUCUGCCUCUGAUGUCAAUGCAGAAAUUCCAGAAAAUUAAUUGUACACAUUUGAUUUGAAUAAAUACGUUGAUUUAGUUAAUUAAUUAGAGUUUUAGCACUCAGAACGACCUAAUUGGGUGAGCCCAAUGAGUUGGGGAUUUGAAUGUUCUCUCCGCCCUCUUCUCUCCCUUUAUGCCCAGGUACAUCGGGUGGGCAGAUGUCUGGCGAUGGGAAGGCGGGACCCCCCACCUUGGGCCCCCGCGGUGGCUUCCCCAUGGGCCGGGGCCGGGGCCGCUUCCCUGGCCCACCUGGCCCCGGAGGAGAGCGAUUCCCUGGGCCCAUCGGACCCGGAGGUCCACCGCCACACUUCCCAGGUAAGUACUCUUCACUCCAGCGGCAGGGUCGGUCCGUUCACACUGCUCGCGGCCAAAACCGGGGUGUCCGCGGGUCCUUAAAAAGUCAGUCUUAAAUUCAUUUGUAAGUCUUAAAGUCAGUUUUCAAAGGUCUUAAAAAAUGUGACGGAGAUGACUACAGUGUUUCCAUUGAAUUGUGCCGCUGCUUAAUUGUUGCCACGUGGCAAAGAAAAACAAUGGGACGUCAAAUAAUACUGGAGGCCACUUUCAAGAUGUUGGAGAGGGCCGUCCAGCCACAUGUUGGAGAGGGGCCGUCCAGCCACAUGUUGGGAGAGGGGCCGUCCAGCCACAUGUUGGAGAGGGGCCGUCCAGCCACAUGUUGGGAGAGGGGCCGUCCAGCCACAUGUUGGAGAGGGGCCGUCCAGCCACAUGUUGGAGAGGGGCCGUCCAGCCACAUGUUGGAGAGGGGCCGUCCAGCCACAUGUUGGAGAGGGGCCGUCCAGCCACAUGUUGGAGAGGGGCCGUCCAGCCACAUGUUGGAGAGGGGCCGUCCAGCCACAUGUUGGAGAGGGGCCGUCCAGCCACAUGUUGGAGAGGGGCCGUCCAGCCACAUGUUGGAGGGGGGCCGUCCAGCCACAUGUUGGAGAGGGGCCGUCCAGCCACAUGUUGGAGAGGGGCCGUCCAGCCACAUGUGGAGAGGGGCCGUCCAGCCACAUGUUGGAGAGGGGCCGCCAGCCACAUGUUGGAGAGGGGCCGUCCAGCCACAUGUUGGAGAGGGGGCCGUCCAGCCACAUGUUGGGAGAGGGGCCGUCCAGCCACAUGUUGGGAGAGGGGCCGUCCAGCCACAUGUUGGGAGAGGGGGCCGUCCAGCCACAUGUUGGAGAGGGGCCGUCCAGCCACAUGUUGGAGAGGGGCCGUCCAGCCACAUGUUGGAGAGGGGCCGUCCAGCCACAUGUUGGAGAGGGGCCGUCCAGCCACAUGUUGGAGAGGGCCGUCCAGCCACAUGUUGGAGAGGGGCCGUCCAGCCACAUGUUGGAGAGGGGCCGUCCAGCCACAUGUUGGAGAGGGGCCGUCCAGCCACAUGUUGGAGAGGGGCCGUCCAGCCACAUGUUGGAGAGGGGCCGUCCAGCCACAUGUUGGAGAGGGGCCGUCCAGCCACAUGUUGGAGAGGGGCCGUCCAGCCACAUGUUGGAGAGGGGCCGUCCAGCCACAUGUUGGAGAGGGGCCGUCCAGCCACAUGUUGGAGAGGGCCGUCCAGCCACAUGUUGGAGAGGGGCCGUCCAGCCACAUGUUGGAGAGGGGCCGUCCAGCCACAUGUUGGAGAGGGGCCGUCCAGCCACAUGUUGGAGAGGGGCCGUCCAGCCACAUGUUGGGAGAGGGGCCGUCCAGCCACAUGUUGGGAGAGGGGCCGUCCAGCCACAUGUUGGGAGAGGGGCCGUCCAGCCACAUGUUGGGAGAGGGGCCGUUCCAGCCACAUGUUGGGAGAGGGGCCGUCCAGCCACAUGUUGGGAGAGGGGCCGUCCAGCCACAUGUUGGGAGAGGGGGCCGUCCAGCCACAUGUUGGAGAGGGGCCGUCCAGCCACAUGUUGGAGAGGGGCCGUCCAGCCACAUGUUGGAGAGGGGCCGUCCAGCCACAUGUUGGAGAGGGGCCGUCCAGCCACAUGUUGGAGAGGGCCGUCCAGCCACCAGUCCAGCCACAGUUGGGAGAGGGGCCGUCCAGCCAAUGUUGGAGAGGGGCCGCCCAGCCACAUGUUGGAGAGGGCCGUCCAGCCACAUGUUGGAGAGGGGCCGUCCAGCCACAUGUGGGAGGGCCGUCCAGCCACAUGUUGGAGAGGGGCCGUCCAGCACAUGUUGGAGAGGGGCCGUCCAGCCCACAUGUUGGAGAGGGGCCGUCCAGCCAAUGUUGGAGAGGGGCCGUCCAGCACAUGUUGGAGAGGGGCCGUCAGCCACAUGUUGGAGAGGGGCCGUCAGCCACAUGUUGGGAGAGGUGCCGUCCCAGCCACAUGUGGAGAGGGGCAGUCCAGCCACAUGUUGGAGAGGGGCCGUCCAGCCCACAUGUUGGAGAGGGGACGUCCAGCCACAUGUGGAGAGGGGCCGUCCAGCCACAUGUUGAGAGGGGCCGUCCCAGCCACAUGUUGGAGAGGGGCCGUCCAGCCACAUGUUGGAGAGGGGCGUCCAGCCACAUGUUGGAGAGGGGCCGUCCAGCCACAUGUUGGAGAGGGGCCGUCCAGCCACAUGUUGGGAGAGGGGCCGUCCAGCCACAUGUUGGGAGAGGGGCCGUCCAGCCACACGUUGGGAGAGGGGCCGUCACUCCCCCUCCACCCUUUGCACAUGGCGUAAAGGGAGAGAUGCAUUCUGAUAAGCGCAAGCAUAGGCUACUGACAGUUGAGCAACAUUUUGAAAUGUAAUUGCGGGAAAGACAGUUUUUAAAACAACGACUUACUGUUGUUAACCAAUAAAAGUCUUAACCCCCCCCACCCCCCCGGCUUGAGUUCCCACUUCCUCAGGUGGAGAAUAGACUAGGUCAAUAGACACAGAAAACAUGCAGGCAAAUUCAUCUCUGAAGAGACAAAAAAUAUCUGUUUAUUUUGACAUGUUGCACAUGAAAAAAGAGCCAUCAUGUGUUCCCUGAAUUGCUAGAUGAAAUGGCUAACUUUCAUGUCUGUCUUGGCACUGGAAAAACAGCCAGUCCUAAAAAUACUACUUUUUGCCAACAUGGGCUCAUUUCUGAAGGGGAAUAUAAGCAGGUGUGUGGCACGCGCAGACCUCAAAAUCAGUAUUACAUUUCAUUCCAAGUGGCAUUUUAAAGGUUAAGUCUUAAAUUCAACUAAAUGGAACAUGCAGAUAGCAUGAAAAACACUAUGCCAGAAAGGAAGCCCAUUUUAAUUGGUUCCAUUGAAACUGUGCCCAGACUACAACCAAUGAAAUGGCUUCCUUUCUGGCAGUGUCUUUGCUGUAAGCUGUGUGAAUGGACCUUCCACUGACUGCCAGGCCAGUACUGGUGGUAUGCACUGCAUAGAAUGAACUGAAGAUGGGUCUCCUGUCUGUAUAUUAUCCUAUCUUCCAAGUGGGCAUAUGUGGAAAGGAUUGGCCACGCUCUAACUUCGUCUUGGUUGGAAAGCACCAACCUACCAUCUCUAUACACAUGUGUCCAUUUCAAAACAGUCUGACUCCUGUUCUCUGUCCCCUUGCUUUCAGAAUGGUGUCAGAAUCUAGUUGUGUGAAGUACUUGGAUUGUGUUGGGAGGGGGGGGGCGGGUAAUAUUCAACAUUUGUUUUAGCCAGUUUGCCCACAUCUUUACCCCCCUUCGAAUAAAUAAAUAGUUAAUUUAUUUUAGCUUUGGCGACUUCUUCCUGUGGCCUCUGUGGCGCCAGCCUUGUUGUGAUUGUGUUUUUCUCCCACUAGGGUCGGGGAUGAGGCCACCUGAACUCAUUAACCAUAGACACCAAGAAGGCCACCUGAUGGAUAUGAAUUUCAAUUGCUUCCCGCCGGGACGUGAUGGGAAUUGGCGACCCAGAGGUGAAAUGCCUCGACUCCUGUUGACAACAGUGCUAGGGUUGACAAAAUUCCCCAAAUCUUCCCGAAGUUCUUGGUUUUCCAGAAAUCUGAAAAAAAAUCCUGGUUUUCCAGAAAUCCCAGUUGGAAAUCCAGUCCAACCUGGAUUUGUUUUUGGAAUUUUGGUAAUGUUUUGGAAUUUUGCAACCCUUCACAGUGCUAAUGUAUUAAAUAAGACUGAUUACCCCCGCCUCCUCUCCCCCCUGCGUACAUGUUCUCUUUAUUAAGGCCUCUGUCUGUCUAUGGAGUCCUGGGCUGACUCUCGGACUGACCAACCAAGCCCCCCCCCCCCCCACUUUAAGUCCUGGGUUAUGGAUCAUUCGGUCUCAACUGUCCAUCUUUAAAUGCUGUGUUCCUUUUUCUGUUUCUAUUGGCUGUUCUGGCCAGCACUCCUGAAGCUAGUCAACAUAAUGAGUAUAGGAGGGGUGUCUUAGAUGUCUGAACACUUAACAGCCAUCCAGACCUGUCUGACCUGUCUGUCCUGUCUGACCUGUCUGCUUCAUACCAAGCUGGUCUUUACUACUCCCGUGACUACUGUGUCCCCUCUGCUCUGUCUGACUCUCUCCGCCUGCUCUGUCCUGUCUGACCUGUCUGCUUCAUACCAAGCUGGUCUUUACUACUCCCGUGACUACUGUGUCCCCUCUGCUCUGUCUGACUCUCUCCGCCUGCUCUGUCCUGUCUGACCUGUCUGACCUGUCUGUCCUGUCUGACCUGUCUGCUUCAUACCAAGCUGGUCUUUACUACUCCCGUGACUACUGUGUCCCCUCUGCUCUGUCUGACUCUCUCCGCCUGCUCUGUCCUGUCUGACCUGUCUGUCCUGUCUGCUUCAUACCAAGCUGGUCUUUACUACUCCCGUGACUACUGUGUCCCCUCUGCUCUGUCUGACUCUCUCCGCCUGCUCUGUCUGACUCUCUCCGCCUGCUCUGUCUGACUCUCUCCGCCUGCUCUGUCCUGAUACUCGGCCAACUGCUUCUUGGCUUUCAUUGCUAAUAUCUUGCAAAAUCUAAAAUGUUGGUCUCGCUAAAUCUUUAAUUUUGAUUGACAGGACACCUAGUCUCAAACAGCCAGAGAAAUGUAAAUGUAUUCCUAUACGUUGGACAAUGUCAGUUUUCACGGCUUCUGUUUUGAGUCCUUGCCUUCUAAGCAUGCUUUAACUUUGAUCCCACUAAUUCAAGGUGGCCGUUAAGGCAAUGACCGAAACAUACAGGAUCACACAUUUAGCAUUUUCCACAUCUUUCUCACCAAACGUCAUGCACCAUAAAAUGUCACAAUUCCUAUCCAUAAGUCAUUCAUUAAACAAACCCAAACUAAGACAUUUGCUACAGUCCUUGAGUUCCCUGUUUGCGGUCUCUGGAUUCCUAGAACUGCUCGGUGCCCCCUGCUGACACUGGGAACUGCUCGGUGCCCCCUCCUGACACUGGGAACUGCUCGGUGCCCCCUCCUGACACUGGGCACUGCUCGGUGCCCCCUCCUGACACUGGGAACUGCUCGGUGCCCCCUCCUGACACUGGGAACUGCUCGGUGCCCCCUCCUGACACUGGGCACUGCUCGGUGCCCCCUCCUGACACUGGGAACUGCUCGGUGCCCCCUCCUGACACUGGGAACUGCUCGGUGCCCCCUCCUGACACUGGGCACUGCUCGGUGCCCCCUCCUGACACUGGGAACUGCUCGGUGCCCCCUCCUGACACUGGGACACCACAAUGCUUUAAUGUACUUAACAGCUUUCAAACAGUUGGUAGUGAAUCUAAACUCAAGAAGGAUCUGCUUUGUGUUUCUGUGUUCCAGGUGGUAUGCAGGGCCCACCUCGACCCCCUCCUGGCCCCCUGGGUCCCCCCGGCCCUCUAGGCCCCCCUCCCCCAGGACAGGGCCUCCCCCCUCCCAUGCAAGGCCCCCCCAACCGCGGCGACCGCCCCCCACCCCCAGUCAUGUUCCCCGGCCAGUUCGGCCAGCCCCCCAUGGGUCCUCUCCCCCCUGGCCCUCCCCCACACGGCUUCGGCCCUCCUCCGGGGCCCCCACCCCCCCCAACAGGGCCCCCCACCCCCUGGUCUUUUUCCUCCUCGACCACCUGGUCCCCUUGGACCUCCACUGUCCCUCGCUCCCCCACCACACAUGCCUGGGCCCCGACCCGGAGGCCCCCCACCUGCUCCCCAUGUCAACCCAGCGUUCUUCCCUCCUCCUGGGGGUCCCAACAACAUGGGGGGCCCUCCUGGAGGGGACGGCAGGGGCCCCAACGGGCCCAACGACCCCUAUGGACGGCCGCCACCGUAUGACCGGGGAGACUUCGGACCCGCCGGCAGGUAAUAUAACAGAACGUACUGACAGGUCUACAGAAAGUCAGUCUCCUCCUCCUCGUCUUUUGUUCUGUUCAAACUCCUUUACUGGACUCUAGGUGAUGGUUAGUGUUUGAUAUGACCAAAACGGAUCUAUUGAAUGUCAAUUACUGCCAUUGUUUUGUCUGAAUUUAUUUCCGUAUGUAGAAGAGCUGUAGUAGAAGCAACACAACUGAAUCAUCCAACACCUUGUAUUAUAGCACUGUUAGGUUCCCUUAGCAACAGUCCUCCAUCUUGUGUGUGUGUAUGGGAGGGGCGGGGCGUCUUUUAAAGGGGGGUCUUUUACCUUAGUAUUUUGACUAAGAAGCGUGGUUUCUUUAGUGACCCUCCUUCCUGAAUCUCCCUCCAUCCUUCCCUCCCCCCCCUCCUCUGGCUGCCUACAGUAACCAGCGUCCCCAGCUAAUCUGUGAGUUUGACCUCAGGGCCCCCCUACCCCGCGGCUGUCCAGACCCCUGGAUUAACGAGGGGUUGGUGGAUCUGAAAAAUGGCAGCCAACACUUGCACAAUGCGAGUGACCCAGGGUUAGUAGAGAUAAUGGCCGACCGCUGAAAGACCAUUAGAGACUAGCUUCUCCUGUAAUGACCUGGUGCCUGGCUUUGUUGUAUUUUGAGAGUGGAUGCUUGUUGUGGUUGAUUGAUGGAUUGGCCCAGCUACCAUUUUGAUAAGCGUUUGUAAACUGUGUGUGUGUGUGUUAGUGCAUUUCCUUAGAUUAGCUAGUUAUCACUGGAGUUAAUUCCCACAGGCUUGGAUGACGUGGUUUGCAUCUGCUGUGUAGUUUUAGCUAUCCAUUAACAGUGUGUGUUCCUUGAAUCAUCCGAUUUGACUCACCCCUCUCUGUUCUCUCAAUCUCUCUGGGUCUUUCUCAAUUCAUCUUUUCUCGAUUUCUUGCAACGUCGAAAAAUUCAUUGGUGGAGAACACCCAUGGUUCCUCCCCUCUGACCUUCUCCUCCAAUGGCUUUUGAGAAGGCGAGGAGUUAGGAAAGACUUAUUGAAAAAUAGCUUUUCCUUCCUCUUAAACGUCCUCUGUCCUUUAUCUGGUGGUUCUGAGUUUGGGGUUGUUGUUGAGUUUGAAGACCUUAAGACAUUGACGCCGUCUCCUUCCUGCUUGUCUCUGUCCCAGGGAGAUGGAGUCAGCACGGACACCGCUGAGCGAGGCAGAGUUUGAGGAGAUCAUGAACCGGAACCGAGCCAUUUCCAGCAGCGCCAUCUCCAGGGCGGUGUCAGACGCUAGCGCAGGUAUGGAUCACGCCCUGAACACUCACACAUCCCUCACAAAUACAACAACACACUCUACAGAGGAGGAGAGGGGCUGAACACUCACACAUCCCUCACAAAUACAACAACACACUCUACAGAGGAGGAGAGGGGCUGAACACUCACACAUCCCUCACAAAUACUACAACACACUCUACAGAGGAGGAGAGGGGCUGAACACUCACACAUCCCUCACAAAUACUACAACACACUCUACAGAGGGAGAGAAGGGCUGAACACUCACACAUCCCUCACAAAUACAACAACACACUCUACAGAGGAGGAGAGGGGCUGAACACUCACACAUCCCUCACAAAUACAACAACACACUCUACAGAGGAGGAGAGGGGCUGAACACUCACACAUCCCUCACAAAUACAACAACACUCUACAGAGGGAGAGAAGGGCUGAAUAUAUACACACACACAAAUGCCCAUGUUAUGCAUGUGUUGCUUGUAAAUUGUAUUGCUUACUUUCACAAGUGCCCCUUUUCUAAAUGUCUGUGCUAUACCCUGCGAUGUUAAUGGCUUCCUCUCUCCGUCAGCUGACUACGGCAGUGCGAUAGAGACUCUGGUGACAGGAUGUUAAUGGCUUCCUCUCUCCGUUAGCUGACUACGGCAGUGCGAUAGAGACUCUGGUGACAGGAUGUUAAUGGCUUCCUCUCUCCGUUAGCUGACUACGGCAGUGCGAUAGAGACUCUGGUGACAGGAUGUUAAUGGCUUCCUCUCUCCGUUAGCUGACUACGGCAGUGCGAUAGAGACUCUGGUGACAGGAUGUUAAUGGCUUCCUCUCUCCGUUAGCUGACUACGGCAGUGCGAUAGAGACUCUGGUGACAGGAUGUUAAUGGCUUCCUCUCUCCGUUAGCUGACUACGGCAGUGCGAUAGAGACUCUGGUGACAGGAUGUUAAUGGCUUCCUCUCUCCGUCAGCUGACUACGGCAGUGCGAUAGAGACUCUGGUGACAGGAUGUUAAUGGCUUCCUCUCUCCGUUAGCUGACUACGGCAGUGCGAUAGAGACUCUGGUGACAGGAUGUUAAUGGCUUCCUCUCUCCGUUAGCUGACUACGGCAGUGCGAUAGAGACUCUGGUGACAGGAUGUUAAUGGCUUCCUCUCUCCGUUAGCUGACUACGGCAGUGCGAUAGAGACUCUGGUGACAGGAUGUUAAUGGCUUCCUCUCUCCGUUAGCUGACUACGGCAGUGCGAUAGAGACUCUGGUGACAGGAUGUUAAUGGCUUCCUCUCUCCGUUAGCUGACUACGGCAGUGCGAUAGAGACUCUGGUGACAGGAUGUUAAUGGCUUCCUCUCUCCGUUAGCUGACUACGGCAGUGCGAUAGAGACUCUGGUGACAGGAUGUUAAUGGCUUCCUCUCUCCGUUAGCUGACUACGGCAGUGCGAUAGAGACUCUGGUGACAGGAUGUUAAUGGCUUCCUCUCUCCGUCAGCUGACUACGGCAGUGCGAUAGAGACUCUGGUGACAGGAUGUUAAUGGCUUCCUCUCUCCGUUAGCUGACUACGGCAGUGCGAUAGAGACUCUGGUGACAGGAUGUUAAUGGCUUCCUCUCUCCGUUAGCUGACUACGGCAGUGCGAUAGAGACUCUGGUGACAGGAUGUUAAUGGCUUCCUCUCUCGUUAGCUGACUACGGCAGUGCGAUAGAGACUCUGGUGACAGGAUGUUAAUGGCUUCCUCUCUCCGUUAGCUGACUACGGCAGUGCGAUAGAGACUCUGGUGACAGGAUGUUAAUGGCUUCCUCUCUCCGUUAGCUGACUACGGCAGUGCGAUAGAGACUCUGGUGACAGGAUGUUAAUGGCUUCCUCUCUCCGUUAGCUGACUACGGCAGUGCGAUAGAGACUCUGGUGACAGGAUGUUAAUGGCUUCCUCUCUCCGUUAGCUGACUACGGCAGUGCGAUAGAGACUCUGGUGACAGGAUGUUAAUGGCUUCCUCUCUCCGUUAGCUGACUACGGCAGUGCGAUAGAGACUCUGGUGACAGGAUGUUAAUGGCUUCCUCUCUCCGUUAGCUGACUACGGCAGUGCGAUAGAGACUCUGGUGACAGGAUGUUAAUGGCUUCCUCUCUCCGUUAGCUGACUACGGCAGUGCGAUAGAGACUCUGGUGACAGGAUGUUAAUGGCUUCCUCUCUCCGUUAGCUGACUACGGCAGUGCGAUAGAGACUCUGGUGACAGGAUGUUAAUGGCUUCCUCUCUCCGUUAGCUGACUACGGCAGUGCGAUAGAGACUCUGGUGACAGGAUGUUAAUGGCUUCCUCUCUCCGUUAGCUGACUACGGCAGUGCGAUAGAGACUCUGGUGACAGGAUGUUAAUGGCUUCCUCUCUCCGUUAGCUGACUACGGCAGUGCGAUAGAGACUCUGGUGACAGGAUGUUAAUGGCUUCCUCUCUCCGUUAGCUGACUACGGCAGUGCGAUAGAGACUCUGGUGACAGGAUGUUAAUGGCUUCCUCUCUCCGUUAGCUGACUACGGCAGUGCGAUAGAGACUCUGGUGACAGGAUGUUAAUGGCUUCCUCUCUCCGUCAGCUGACUACGGCAGUGCGAUAGAGACUCUGGUGACAGGAUGUUAAUGGCUUCCUCUCUCCGUUAGCUGACUACGGCAGUGCGAUAGAGACUCUGGUGACAGGAUGUUAAUGGCUUCCUCUCUCCGUUAGCUGACUACGGCAGUGCGAUAGAGACUCUGGUGACAGGAUGUUAAUGGCUUCCUCUCUCCGUUAGCUGACUACGGCAGUGCGAUAGAGACUCUGGUGACAGGAUGUUAAUGGCUUCCUCUCUCCGUUAGCUGACUACGGCAGUGCGAUAGAGACUCUGGUGACAGGAUGUUAAUGGCUUCCUCUCUCCGUCAGCUGACUACGGCAGUGCGAUAGAGACUCUGGUGACAGGAUGUUAAUGGCUUCCUCUCUCCGUCAGCUGACUACGGCAGUGCGAUAGAGACUCUGGUGACAGGAUGUUAAUGGCUUCCUCUCUCCGUUAGCUGACUACGGCAGUGCGAUAGAGACUCUGGUGACAGGAUGUUAAUGGCUUCCUCUCUCCGUUAGCUGACUACGGCAGUGCGAUAGAGACUCUGGUGACAGGAUGUUAAUGGCUUCCUCUCUCCGUUAGCUGACUACGGCAGUGCGAUAGAGACUCUGGUGACAGGAUGUUAAUGGCUUCCUCUCUCCGUUAGCUGACUACGGCAGUGCGAUAGAGACUCUGGUGACAGGAUGUUAAUGGCUUCCUCUCUCCGUUAGCUGACUACGGCAGUGCGAUAGAGACUCUGGUGACAGGAUGUUAAUGGCUUCCUCUCUCCGUUAGCUGACUACGGCAGUGCGAUAGAGACUCUGGUGACAGGAUGUUAAUGGCUUCCUCUUUCCGUUAGCUGACUACGGCAGUGCGAUAGAGACUCUGGUGACAGGAUGUUAAUGGCUUCCUCUCUCCGUUAGCUGACUACGGCAGUGCGAUAGAGACUCUGGUGACAGGAUGUUAAUGGCUUCCUCUCUCCGUUAGCUGACUACGGCAGUGCGAUAGAGACUCUGGUGACAGGAUGUUAAUGGCUUCCUCUCUCCGUUAGCUGACUACGGCAGUGCGAUAGAGACUCUGGUGACAGGAUGUUAAUGGCUUCCUCUCUCCGUUAGCUGACUACGGCAGUGCGAUAGAGACUCUGGUGACGGCCAUCUCUCUAAUCAAGCAGUCUAAGGUGUCAGCGGAUGACCGCUGCAAAGUUCUCAUCAGCUCUCUACAGGACUGUCUCCACGGCAUCGAGAACAAGUCCUACGGCUCUGCCUCCAGGUAAAUACCAACCUCUUUCUCCUUCUCCUGUGGAUCCUGUCAAGGUUGGGGUCAAUUCCAUUUCAAUUCAGGAAGCACACAGAAAUUCCAAUUCUUCUGGAAUUGGAAUAUGGUUUAAUUUCUGAAUUGACCGAUUUUUGACCCCAACCCUGGUUCUUUAUAAUCGACAACUGAGAGAAGUGAUAUAAAUGAAUUGAAGGUGUGUGAUAAUAUCAGGUUGAUUUUGAGUACCUGCUAGUCAUUGCGCUUGUAUUCCUAUACUGAUCUGUUGUUAUUUCCUUGGAAUGGUGGUGAUAUGUUUUACCAACUUUAGUUGAAUGCACUUAUUGUAAGACGUGCUGGAUAAUAUUGUCUCCUAAAUGACUCAAAUGUAAUUGAUUGACUGUAUCUCUAACUAGUUGUAUUGGUGCUGUCAUUAUUGAAGAUAUUAUUGAUGAUUUUGGCCGAUGGACAGACCUGCUUUGGUGGUUGGUUAAGAGUUUGAUGUAUGAAUGUAAGUUCUGCCCCCAAAAGACGCGAGAGGUCGAGGGAGCGAGACCACAGCCGAUCCCGGGAGAAGAGCCGGCGCCACAAGUCCCGUAGCCGCGACCGCCACGAGGACUACUACCGGGAACGCAGCCGGGAGCGAGAACGGCACCGCGGGGACCGAGAACGCGAGCGCGAACGAGACCGCGAGCGGGAGUACCGGCACCGCUAGAGAAGGUGUGUAUGCCCGUUCAAACUGGUUACCGAUAACCGUGUUACCGCUCUUGUCCCUCAGCUUAGUGCAGGGCAGGGGCCAGGUCGCUAUGGCCCAGAACAAGAGGCCCAGAGCGGGACAUGACAGGCACUACAGAGCCUACGGUAGGUGGAGGAGGAAGGUAAGUCAUUGUUGUACUCUUGACCAGAGCUGACUGUCAUUGCUGAUGUGUGUAUCUAUUAUUUGUCUGAGACUUGUUGUAUGUUUUUGACUGUAUUUUACUUUCAUCCUCUUAACAUUUUGACUGUGUCAGUAGGCUUCUAUUGCAUGCAUGUGUGUUGUAGGGAGGUUUUUAUAUGCAAGUGCUGCUAAGCUUGAAAAUGUUUUUAAACCUCUGAAGUUUAAAAAAGUACUUUAUAUGACAAAUGAUCAACACCUGUGAAAGGUUGUUUGUAAAAUACGGUAAUUGUUUAUUGAAGGGUUUCUUUGACACUGAUGGCACAAUGUGCCAAGAAAUUAUUUGGCAGUGUUCAAAUGUUGUCAAGGUUGUGAUGGUACAACUAAAGGGGGUUGUGUGAAUUGUUUUGUAGGCCACCAAAUGAUUACCAAACUGCUUAGUCCCCUUCUGAUUUUAUUGAAUCAUGACAUAAUUCUGAAACAUGUUAUUGAAUUGCUGAUAUUGAGUAUUGGAUUCUGUGCAUUGUAAGGCCUUUUCUGACCAUUGAUGCAUUGCGAUACUUUCUUCUUUAAAAAAAGCUCACAGCAAAAAUGUGGUUCUUCCUCUUGUUAACCUGAGGUAAUGGUUACAUGCAAAUUCAAAUGUGUAAAAUAUUUAACUAUUUUAAAACCACUGUCAGUUCUCUGACCGCUCUAGUAUAACUAAUAGUAUGGGUAUGGGGUUAAAAAAUGGACAGGAUUUUGGUAUACCAUCUGUAAAAACCUGCCAUGUCUUUGCCAUGUUUUUCAUUUUAUCGCUCUGAAAUUGAUGGUCUUGAACAAAAGGAUUUUGGUAAUGUUUUUGUAUGAUAAAUGGCAUUGAUAUCAAGCUGGUAAAAUGUUUUGUCUAUAUUAAAUUUUAGGCAAAGAGUUAGCCCGUCAUACUCCCUUAACGGUCAAACUGAAUGUGGUAAUCAGGUAACUAGCCCACUAUGCCUCCUGUAGGUCAAACUGAAUGUGGUAAUCAGGUAACUAGCCCACCCUGCCUCCUGUAGGUCAAACUGAAUGUGGUAAUCAGGUAACUAGCCCACUAUGCCUCCUGGAGGUCAAACUGAAUGUGGUAAUCAGGUAACUAGCACACUAUGCCUCCUGUAGGUUAAACUGAAUGUGGUAAUCAGGUAACUAGCACACUAUGCCUCCUGGAGGUCAAACUGAAUGUGGUAAUCAGGUAACUAGCACACUAUGCCUCCUGUAGCAGAGGUUGGUCAUGGUCUUUACUCUAAUGCCCCAUGUUUUGUAGAACAGACCAUUUUGAGUCUUUUGAUGCUGUUAACAUCAUAUUAACACGGUUUUUACCUUUCACAUAUAUCAAUUCUGUAUGUGCCGGGUUUUUUUUUUGCAUUUGUUCCCUAAUAUUGAAGGCUGAGUUUCAUAAAGAUUUGGCUCAGGUUUUGAUCCAUCUUGAUGGUAACAUUGGCUUAUACAUAUUUUAUAUAUAUAUAUAUACCUCAUGGCAAUGUAGGGCCCUAUAAAAUCCACGUUGCGGUGAACGCGUACGGAAUCACAGAAUCCAGACAUUAAAACGGAAUUAAUCAAUAUUAAAAUGUUUAUUGAAGUUAGUAGGACAUCUACUAAAUGUGUUGAAGUUAGUAGAGAAUCGACUAAAUGUAUUGAAGUUAGUAGAAAAUCAACUAACUGUAUUCAAUUCAUUAAUUUGUACAAGAUUAUCAUAAGAGAUUAACAAAAUGUCUCUUGGGGUUGUCUCUAUAAGCUUGGCACAUCUAGCCACUGGGAUUUUUGGCCUUUCUUCAUGGCAAAACUGCUCCAGCUCCUUCAAGUUGGAUGGGUUCCGCUGGUGUACAGUAAUCUUUAAGUCAUACCACAGAUUCUCAAUUGGAUUGAGGUCUGGGCUUUGACUAGGCCAUUCCAAGACAUUUAAAUGUUUCCUCUUAAACCACUUGAGUGUUGCUUUAGCACUAUGCUUAGGGUCAUUAUCCUGCUGGAAGGUGAACCUCCGUCCCAGUCUCAAAUCUCUGGAAGACUGAAACAGGUUUCCCCUCAAGAAUUUCCCUGUAUUUAGCACCAUCCAUCAUUCCUUCAAUUCUGACCAGUUUCCCAGUCCCUGCCGAUGAAAAACAUCCCCACAGCAUGAUGCUGCCACCACCAUGCUUCACUGUGGGGUGGUGUUCUCGGGGUGAUGAGAGGUGUUGGGUUUGCGCCAGACAUAGCGUUUUCCUUAAUGGCCAAAAAGCUCAAUUUUAGUCUCAUCUGACCAGAGUACCUUCUACCUUCGCCUUUUGGCGAACACCAAACAUGUUUGCUUAUUUUUUUCUUUAAGCAAUGGCUUUUUUCUGGACACUCUUCCGUAAAGCCCAGCUCUGUGGAGUGUACGGCUUAAAGUGGUCCUAUGGACAGAUACUCCAAUCUCCGCUGUGGAGCUUUGCAGCUCCUUCAGGGUUAUCUUUGGUCUCUUUGUUGCCUCUGAUUAAUGCCCUCCUUGCCUGGUCCGUGAGUUUUGGUGGGCGGCCCUCUCUUGGCCGGUUUGUUGUGGUGCCAUAUUCUUUCAAUUUUUUUAAUGGUGCUCCGUGGGAUGUUCAAAGUUUCUGAUAUUUUUUUUAUAACCCAACCAUGAUCUGUACUUCUCCACAACUUUGUCCCUGACCUGUUUGGAGAGCUCCUUGGUCUUCAUGGUGCUGCUUGCUUGGUGGUGCCCCUUGCUUAGUGGUGUUGCAGACUCUGGGGCCUUUCAGAACAGGUGUGUGUGUGUGUAUAUAUACUGAGAUCAUGUGACACUUAGAUUGCACACAGGUGGACUUUAUUGAACUAAUUAUGUGACUUCUGAAGGUAAUUGGUUGCACCAGAUCUUAUUUAGGGGCUUCAUAGCAAAGGGGGUGAAUACAUAUGCACGCACCACUUUUCCGUUAUUUAUUUUGUAUAAUUUUUUGAAACAAGUUUUUUUUUUCACUUCACCAAUUUGGACUUUUGUGUAUGUCCAUUACAUGAAAUCCAAAUAAAAAUCAAUUAAAAUGACAGGUUGUAAUGCAACAAAAUAGGAAAGACGCCAAGGGGGAUGAAUACUUUGGCAAGGCACUGCAUGUUGUGCAAUGGUUAGAUAUUACUGCACUGUCGGAGCUAGAAGCACAAGCAUUUCGCUACACCCGCAAUAACAUCUGCUAAACACGUGCAUGUGACAAAUAAAAUGUUAUUUCAUUUGUGUAGCCGUUAGCGAUGAUGCUAAUGUAAUGACAACCGUCUUCCGUUAGAUGGAAAGGCUUUUCCCAAAAACCUUCUCAAUUAAAUGUUAACUACAAAGUAUCUUAUGCCCACCUGGCAGAAUGAUAUCAUGAUUAUUUGCAUCAAUCCAGUGGCCAUUUUGUUUAUCAAACUCUGAAAUUACAUGAGUGCUACAGAAACAUCGCUAACCGAACCGCCGUCUCUUGCUGGUGCACAGUUGAAUUAAAGGGUAACUACACCCAAAAAGGUUUCAAUUUCUUAGAUUUUUCCCAGAACUCAAAAGUGGUCUCCUGAUAAGGUUUAAGCAUGGUUGUGGACUUUAGAACAUACAAUGGUGUUUUUAUAUAUUUUUUAAAUUGAUACUUUUUUUUUAGAGCAAAAAACUGAAAAAUGGAAUUAGGAAAGAGAAGAAGAAAUAUGGGCAAAAAAUAAAACAGAUUUUAUAGGGCCCUUGCAAUGUCGCUAUGUUUGCCGGUACAUUUUAGGUCAAUUUGAUGACUUUUCAGCCCUUACUACUGCGCAUCACACUGUGUGCUGAUGCUUUAAACGAAUAAGAAUACAAUAAAAAUAUAUUUGCCAGUGGUACAGUGCUUGAAAAUAUAAAUCAAUACAGGUACGGUACUUGUCUGAAAAUAUCACAAUCUAUUUCAAUGAGGACUAAAAUAAUCAUCAUAAUUGUCCACAAUUCAAUGGCAGCCAUUUUGUAAAUGCGGAUAUUUUAGGUUUCAAAUGGUACACCUAUUUGAAGUGAAUCUCAAGAUUUCACUGUCAGUUGUCUUGUUUUUAGGCUAUAGUUUGAAAUGGACAGCCAGACAAUUCUGACACAAUUCCUUGGUGAAAUGGUACCUUGGCAAUUAUCUUGUAGGAAUUGAAGGUCAAUGGGUGUUUUAUUGAAAUGGCGUAGUCAAGAAAAUAAUGUUGUGGUAUUUGUCCUUUUUUUUUUAAAUGGGUUGAUGGUCACUCAAAUUUAAGUUGCCAUUGUAAAUCCCAAAAGUGAUUGCAUGUAUACCCCAAAAUCUGAUUGUAUUACCGGUUAUUAAUAUAUAUUUGGCCUAUUUUUUUUUUUUUUUUUUUGUAUUUGAUUGGUUAGUUUGCUGAUUAGUAACUAAUGCUUGCAUUAAAUGGGAUAACUCCUUUGAAUGUACAUGUUUGAUGAAGUAAUUUCUCUGCAUUUUCCCCCCCCCCAUUUUAUUAAAUUACUAGCAUUUGGUUAAAUUAUUAAAAUAAACGUUAUCAUUUUAAUAAUACAACUGACAAAUCAAUCUAAAAUAUUAGUUUUAGUCAGUCAUAACUUUUUAAAUCACAAGGAAACAAACCUAAGGGUUGCUUUUAUUAUCCUCACUUCAUGGUAAAAUAAAUGCUUUGAUCUAUGCUUACUACCUUUCAAUGUUCACAGAUCUUUAACAUGGUUUCAUUUAGCAUUGGGAUCGUAUGUUCACGAUACAGGGAAGCAAUGACUAGCUAUUUUUCCAAUUUGUCUAUAGGUGUCUGUGAUGUUUUGCAGGCAUGGAGAAAGCAGUCCUGAUUUCCUGAUAACAUAUUUCUUGCACUGUUUUAACUGUCUCUCUCUCUCUCUGGUGUAUUCAUCCUUCACAACUACGUAUCAUGUGGUUCCUGCAACACUCAUUGGUGUCCACAUCAUCUCAAGAAGGUUCAUUUUGAUGAAGGUUCAACCACCUUAACUCUUUCAAUAUCUCUUGCAAAAAAUACUCUGAAGGAAGUUAGUACCAGGUCUUUUAAACAAAACAAAAAAAUGCAACAACAAAUGGUCAUUCUUUAAUCUAUUAGUGAUAAUUAUAAAUUAUCUGGUGUUUUGAGAACAUGUCUUGAUGAUGCUGUGGCCCCAUUGAGAUGCUCAAUGGAGCUGAAAUGAUUGUGGGGAGGGUGACGGGACAUCUGUUCAAUGAAAUGUUGGUAUUAUUAACUUUUGAAUUUGAUAUUCCCAACUAUGCACCGUGUAAAUUCACUCAUUAAGCAAUACUCAGCUUCUUUAAUUUGAUUAAAAUAGAAUUGAUAAACCAAUUAAACUCAGAAUUACUUCUAGGCUAAUAACUACAGUUAUAUGGAAAUUGUCAAAAACAACCAAAAUGUACAGCAUAUUCCUUUACCUGGUGGAUGAGUUUGGAAACUGGCUGGGGGUGAUCUAUGAACUGAAAUAUUAUGAAUGGUUAUGUGGUUUUGCAAUUCCAAUGAAUUGUCACUGUAAUGUUAAUCAUGUGCAUGCAAGUCUACAUUAUUUUUUAGUUCUGUUUCAGAGUACUGAAUUAAGUGUAGCGCAAGUAGAAGUCUGUCUAUAGAUUUAUCCACGUCCCUAUGUAGCACCACUAGUAUUCCUCUCUGUAAAGUUGACCAUGUUUGUCCUCUGCUUUUCCCAGUGCUCUGGGCCCAGUUUUUCAAAAGUGAUCUAUCUGUAUUUCGCCUAGGAUGAAAUGCGUAGAAAUAUAAUGAAUAGAACGGGAGUCCCCAUUCCCGUCAAUUAGUCGUCCGUUCUAUUAAUUGUAUUUCUAUGCAUUUAAUCCUAUCCGAUAGGCGAAAUCCAGAUAACUCUUGGAAAAACUGGGCCCUCGUCACCUCUCUCUUAGACUUGGGGACCAAUCCCAAACCGACCGCAUAGACCCCUUUUUUGUCUUAUGGACUUGAGAUCUCAGAGGAUUUGAUAGGUGGAAUUCUCACACAUGACUUCCACCUAUCAGAGGGCCAAGGUAGACUUAACAACCUAUUGAUAGGUGGAAUUCUCCCACAUUACUUCCACCUAUCAGAGGGCCAAGGUAGACUUAACAACCUAUUGCUUCCGUCUGUCAAAUCCUCUUGACGAUAUUGAAGAAGUGCGUAGGGUCUAGGGGUUGGGAUUGGGCGUUCUUUCUAUAGAGACCAUUGUAGACUUUUCACCCUUGUUCUGCCCAUUUUAACUUUUAGAUUAGGUUAUGAGAUGUUUUGUGAAACACCCUUAAACAGAUUUUAUCCUAUCCACACACACUAAUUGUAAAUCUUUUUCUGAAAUAUAUUAGUACUAAGUGCAUUACACAUUUGAGUACAUACUAAAUUCAGGGCUCAGCAGUAUAGCAGGGUUUAGCCAUUGUGGGCACUGCAUUGUUCUUCCUUACUCACUGUAAUGUGGAAUCAUUCUCUGACAAGUUGACUACCGUUAGAAAGAGAAGUACCUGCAUGUCUUUGUUUUGGUUCCUCUGUGUGUACUGUACAGUUAGAGGGGGUAUGAUACAAACAAGAAAACUGUAUAUUGUUGGGCUGCCCCAAACCAAACUCCACCCUUCGUUUUGACACAUUUCAGCCUACGGAAGAGGACAGGGACGAGGACGCCGCGUCACAACCAGCAGGCCCUACUUCAGGAUCGCCUUGACAACUAGUCCCCCCCCCCCCUCUCUCUGUCUGUCUCCAUGGUUACCAGGGGACUGACUACCUGGGAAUCGCUCACAGCUGUGUAAGGCUAGAAGAGUUCUUUAAAAUCAUACUCAUGGUUUAAAAAAAAAAAAAAAAAAACAACU